AUGGUUAACGUUGUAUUAGGUUCCCAGUGGGGUGAUGAAGGUAAAGGUAAAUUGGUUGAUUUACUUGUUGGUAAAUAUGACAUUGUAGCCCGUUGCGCAGGGGGUAACAAUGCUGGCCAUACCAUUGUUGUAAAUGGUGUUAAAUAUGAUUUCCAUAUGUUACCAUCUGGUCUAGUCAACCCAAACUGUCAAAAUUUAUUGGGUAAUGGUGUUGUUAUCCAUGUUCCAUCUUUUUUCAAAGAAUUGGAAACUUUGGAGGCUAAAGGUUUGAAAAAUGCAAGAGGAAGAUUAUUUGUUUCUUCUAGAGCACAUCUGGUCUUUGACUUCCAUCAAGUAACCGAUAAAUUAAGAGAAUUGGAGUUAUCAGGUCGCUCAAAAGAUGGUAAAAACAUCGGUACCACAGGUAAAGGUAUUGGUCCAACCUACUCUACAAAGGCUUCAAGAUCUGGUUUGAGAGUUCAUCAUUUAGUCAAUGAUCAACCAGGUGCUUGGGAAGAAUUUGUCGCUAGAUACAAGAGGUUGCUGGAAACAAGAAGACAAAGAUAUGGUGAUUUCGAAUAUGACUUUGAGGCUAAACUGGCUGAAUAUAAGAAGUUAAGAGAACAAUUGAAGCCAUUCGUUGUCGACUCCGUUGUUUUUAUGCAUAAUGCCAUUGAAGCAAAGAAAAAGAUAUUAGUCGAAGGUGCUAAUGCGUUGAUGUUAGAUAUCGAUUUUGGUACUUACCCAUAUGUUACUUCCUCAAGUACUGGUAUUGGUGGUGUCCUCACAGGUUUAGGUAUUCCUCCACGUACUAUUGAUGAAAUUUACGGUGUUGUUAAGGCCUACACAACUAGAGUUGGUGAAGGUCCAUUCCCAACAGAACAAUUGAACGAAGACGGGGAGAAAUUGCAAACCAUAGGUGCUGAAUUCGGUGUUACAACCGGUCGCAAGCGUCGUUGUGGUUGGUUAGACCUGGUAGUCCUGAAAUAUUCUACUUUGAUCAACGGGUACACAAGUUUGAACAUUACCAAAUUAGAUGUUCUAGAUACAUUUAAGGAGAUCCCAAUAGGUAUUUCAUAUUCUAUUCAAGGUAAGAAGUUAGACCUGUUCCCCGAAGAUUUGAAUAUCUUGGGUAAAGUUGAAGUUGAAUACACAGUUUUACCAGGUUGGGAUCAAGAUAUCACCAAAAUUACGAAAUACGAAGAUUUGCCUGAAAAUGCAAAGAAGUAUUUGAAGUAUAUUGAAGAUUUUGUCGGUGUUCCUGUUGAAUGGGUUGGAACGGGUCCGGCAAGAGAAAGUAUGUUGCAUAAAGAAAUUAGAUAG